CGGGAGCCUCUAGCAUCAUCCAAUGCAUAAACCCCACAAAGCUUGCUCAGCGCAGAAAAUGUGGAUUAAGAUUCGGGCCUUUCCCACUCUAGAUCAGGAGUAGACUUCGGCCAGUGAGUAUAGGAAUCCUGGUAGAUAAAACUGGGAAACCGAGCAAACCUCACUGCUAUCGGUCUCCAUUUUCCUCUUCCGGCGCGUUUUCUUUACUUUCACUCUACUUCAAAGCUCAGGGGUGUGUUUGCUGUCGGAGAGCCAGAGACACACUUCGCAUUCUGGACACUCACAAACUCGAUCAAAUUUGCAGGAACUGCUUUGUAAUAACGACCGUAGUGUGGAAAUCGCAAGUCUUCGUCUGCUAAGAAUAUUUCGUCUGUGAAGGAAAAUGAGAAGAACUGAUUGAUUUCUGAUAGAUCUCGCUCGAGUGCGAUGAAGUUUUCAUCUCGUUUUAAUCUCAAAUUCCAGAGGCCAUGUGCAAUGAUUUGGUUAUGGAUUGCUUUGGUACUCCUGCUGCAGAAUAGUAGAGGACUGGUCUCAGCAUCCAAUUAUUUGAUUGGGCUUGGAAGCUAUGACAUUACAGGACCUGCCGCUGAUGUUAAUAUGAUGGGAUACGCUAACUCAGAGCAGAUCACAGCUGGGAUUCACUUCAGGCUCAGAGCUCGCACUUUUAUCGUUGCAGAGCCAGAAGGGAACAGGGUAGUAUUUGUAAAUCUCGAUGCUUGCAUGGCUUCACAAAUUGUAACAAUCAAGGUGAUUGAGAGGUUGAAGGCAAGGUAUGGGGACCUAUAUACUGAAAAUAAUGUAGCUAUUAGUGGAAUUCACACGCAUGCUGGCCCUGGGGGUUAUCUCCAACAUGUGGUGUAUAUUGUAACAUCCCUUGGAUUUGUACAACAGUCGUUUGAUGUCAUUGUUGACGGGAUUGAGAAAAGUAUUAUAGAAGCCCAUGAAAAUAUCCGGCCUGGGUCAGUUUUUGUAAGUAAUGGGGAGCUCUUAGAUGCUGGUGUUAACCGCAGUCCUAGUGCUUAUUUAAAUAAUCCUGCAGCAGAGCGAGGUAAAUACAAGUAUGAUGUUGAUAAGGAAAUGACCCUUUUAAAGUUUGUAGAUGACAAGUGGGGUCCACUUGGUAGCUUUAACUGGUUUGCGACUCAUGGAACUUCUAUGAGUCGUACAAAUUCAUUGAUAAGUGGAGAUAACAAAGGUGCUGCCGCAAGAUUUAUGGAAGACUGGUUUGAGCAGAAUGGUACUGAAAUCUCAUAUUCCAGUAGACUUGGAGCUGAUGGAAUCCCACGAAGAGUCUCAAACAUAAUUCCUAACCUUCAUAGUAACUACCAUGAAUUACUGGAGCUUGCUGCUUCCUUCCAGUCUCCUCCUGGUGGACCAGCAGACAGCAAUAUGAGCAUUGCAAGACGUGUCAGGGCUGGGCAGGCUAACAAGCCUGGAUUUGUUUCUGCCUUUUGUCAAUCAAACUGUGGUGAUGUUAGCCCAAAUGUUAUUGGAGCAUUCUGCAUAGACACUGGGCUACCUUGUGACUUCAAUCAAAGUACUUGUGAUGGGAAGAAUGAGUUGUGCUAUGGUCGAGGACCGGGUUACCCGGAUGAAUUUGAAAGUACGCGUAUAAUAGGAGAGAGGCAAUUCAGAAAAGCUGUAGAGCUUUUCAACAAAGCAUCCGAACAUUUAACUGGGAAGGUUGACUAUCGCCACACUAACAUAGAUUUCUCACAACUUGAGGUGACACUUCCUAGAGAGGGAGAGGGAGGAGGUUCUGAGGUGGUAAAAACAUGCUCUGCUGCAAUGGGAUUUGCAUUUGCUGCGGGAACAACAGAUGGACCAGGAGCUUUUGACUUUAAGCAAGGAGAUGACAAGGUAAUUGGUAAUAGCAAUUUUUUAUGGGCUGGGCAUUAUGAAAUGUUCUUGUUACAUUCAGGUCUUACAUGUUUUGCAAGGCUACUGUUUACUCUGAUGCUAUUUCAGGGAAAUCCUUUCUGGAAGUUGGUGCGCAACGUCCUCAAAACGCCAGACAGGGAACAAAUUGAUUGUCAACAACCAAAGCCCAUUUUGCUUGAUACUGGGGAAAUGAAGCAGCCAUAUGACUGGGCUCCUUCAAUACUUCCUCUCCAGGUCCUACGGAUAGGACAGCUAGUCAUUCUGAGCGUACCUGGAGAAUUUACAACAAUGGCUGGGAGGCGUCUCCGUGAUGCCGUGAAGACAGUGCUCACAAGUAAUGGUCAUGGCAAUGUCCAUGUUGUUAUAGCAGGGUUAACUAAUACCUAUUCGCAGUAUGUGACUACCUUUGAAGAGUACCAGGUUCAAAGAUAUGAGGGAGCCUCCACACUAUAUGGUCCGCAUACACUCAGUGCCUAUAUUCAGGAGUUCAAGAAGCUCGCAAGUGCCAUCAUUAGUGGUGAAGCUGUUGAACAAGGGCCACAACCCCCAGAUCUCUUGGAUAAGCAAAUAAGCUUACUUACCCCUGUUGUGCUUGAUGGAACAAGUAGUGGAGUAAAUUUCGGGGAUGUCAGCUUUGACGUUCCUAAAAAUUCAACCUUUAAAAAAGGUGACUUGGUGAAUGUUACCUUCUGGUCAGCUUGCCCCCGAAAUGAUCUCAUGACUGAAGGUACAUUUGUCCUCGUGGAGAUCCUCCAUGGAAAGGAUACAUGGGUUCCCGCUUAUGAUGAUGAUGAUUUCUGCCUGCGUUUUAAGUGGUCAAGACCCUCCAAACUCAGCACACACAGUCACGCAACGGUAGAAUGGAGAAUACCAGAAUCCACACCUACCGGUGUGUACAGGAUCAGACAUUUUGGUGCUUCAAAGAGUAUCUUGGGAUCAAUACGCCAUUUCACAGGUUCAUCAAGUGCUUUCGUGGUAGCAUGAAGAUCUCCUUACUGUUUAGGUAUGUAAGUUUUUUAAAUCUGUACGUGAGCUAUAUGAUACAUGCUUGGUUAGCUUGGGAAGGUCUCUUUAUUUGCGUAUAUAUGUCAGGCAGUGGCUAGCUAUUAGGUACCACUGCAUCAUAUUCCUGUAUUUGUAGCAUUAAAUUCAUUGCAUGUUUUUGCCCCA